UUCAGCACAUCACUAAGGGUUGAAGAAUUGCACUGUUUCUUGCUGUUGCUUGUUAAUUUUUGCAUAAAAUUUUUAAUUAUUUAAUUAUACAUAAAAUCACUUUGCGAGAUGUCGGGACAGUAUCCUAGCGGUUAUAAUAGUCCGCUUGGUGGCCAUCGUGGUCAAUUUAAUCCACAACAGCAACAGUCCCCCCAAAUGAUGAAUCAUGGAAUGGGACAGAAUACAAUGAUCGCCGGAGCGGCUGGUGGACAAAUAAGUGCUGGCAGUGGUGGUAUGAUGCCCAUGGGUGGUUACCAUCCCCAACAGCAACAAAUACCGAGUGGUAUGGGAAUGAGCGGACCGGGAAGUCUAAUGAACACACCAAUGAAUAUACAACAACAGCAGAUGCAGCAACAUGUACAGAUGGUGCAAGGUGGCACUGGAGGUCCACCAGUAAGUACUGGCAUGAUAGGUGUUGGGCCUGGGAUUGGCGCGGUCUCCACGAGUAAUAUCAUACAACAUGCACAGCAACAGCAAAUAGCAAUUGGCAUGCAACAGCAGGCACAGAUGACGGGAACUAAUCCGGUAGGGAUAAUGCAUACCCAACAAACUACACCACAAACCAUAGCCGCUACUGGCAGCAAUAUGUUAGCUAUUUCACAGCCAAAUCCUCAUAAAGAAAUCAAUAUUGUAGCUUUAUCGCGAUUAGGUCAAGAAACUGUUCAGGAUAUAACAUCACGUUUUCAGGAGAUAUUUACUGCAUUGAAAAUCAUACAACCGACUGCAAACCGGGAUAACAAUACUGAGAAAAAAGUACAAGAAUACUUUCGCACCAUUAGAUUAUUAUUCAAGCGUGUACGCAUUAUUUACGAAAAAUGUAAUGACGGGUACCCUCAUGGUAUGGACUACACUAACGUUGAGAGUUUGAUAACCUACAAGGAGGAACAGCCAGAUCAUCGCACCGAACCCACACAAUGCGAUGAAUAUCGUAAGGCGCUACAAGAAAAUCAGGAACUAAUCGAAACAGUCAGAUUAAAAAAUCGACAAUUACGCGAAAUAAUAGACCGUACUCGUAUAAUUAUUUGGGAAAUAAACACGAUGUUGGCAAUGCGUCGGUCAUAAUAUAGACACAUAUAUCUAAGGCUUCUGAGGUGUAGUGGUUAGCAGUGCGCGCUACCAAUCCACAAGGCCUGGGUUCAAGCUCGGCUUCCGGCCAACAUCAAAAAAUAGAACAUAAAAAGUUUUUUUUUUCUAAUAGCGUUGCCUCUCGGCAGGCAAUGGCAAACCUACGAUUUUAUUCAGACAUGAAAAGCAGCUUCUCAUAAAAAUACAACCGCCGUUCGGAAUCGGCGUAAAACUGUAGGUCCCUUCCUUUUGUGGGACAACAUCAAAGCGCGCACACCACAAAUCGGAAGAGAAGCUCGGCCGAACACUUAACAUAAUGGGCCUCAUGCAUAAAGUGAGCUUAAGCGUGGACUCAACUUUUGCACUGAUGGAGUGAAUUUAAGCUCAAGAAUUCGUACCGAAAAUCGAGUCGUUAUCGCCAAUCUAUUACUAUUAUUAUUGAUAUAUGCAUGUAUGUAUGUAUGUACAUUAGAACAAUCCAAGGGGUGAGGGCAUAAAAGUUCCGACUUUACUUUUUCACAUGCAUUUUCGGACCACCCAUA